AAUGGAGCAGUGUUUUCCAAAGUCAGAGGAAGCCAGUCAGGCCAAGGCGGCACGAGAUGGCAUGUGGUUAGGAAGUUCCUAGGCUUAACAGCCAGUCACAACAUACAAGUGUACUUGAUUGAUCCUUUGAUUCUGGGACUGCUCGAUAAAGACAUUGAACAGAUCAGAAGUUCUCCCGAUGGCCCUAGUCCAGAAUGCAAGUACUUUUGUGCUCCAGGAGACUUCACUACAUUUGCACUACUGGACAAAAUGUGGAAACAUGAAGUGGGCCUUUUUAGAACUGCUGAGAAAAUGGGGUUCCAGUGGCUAAAGAUUAUAAAUAAGGACCCUCGUUUGGAUGGAAUGGAUGACUUGUCUGGGACUGAAAUUCCUUUGCACUACAUAUUUAAACUAGCAUCUCAUGCCAUCCACCUUGUGGUCUUCUAUGAGAGGAGCGGCAAUUAUCUCUGGCACGGCCCUUUGAGACUAAAGCAACACAUGGACAGGAAAUUUGUGCCUUUCCGGAAACUCCACUUCGGUCGCUACCCUGGGGCGUAUGAAAAGCCAGAACUUCUGCUUGUUUCCAUUGAUGACUUAAAAAUUCAAAUUCCAAAAAAUCCAUCCACUUUUCUAGAGGAGAUGUUACACUCUAGGUUUCUUGAAUGUAGGUACAGAGAAGCUCGGGCUUUCUUUCAGCUGUAUCCUGAUGAUGCCUCUCUUGAUGCAGUGGAGUUCAGAAAAAAAGCAAAGGCUUUGCUCCAUCUGGCUGCCUUGACACUGAAUACUUUAGGAGUAAAGUUCUGGCUGAGCAGUGGAACGUGUCUUGGCUGGUAUAGACAGUGCAAUGUCAUUCCUCACAGCAAAGAUGUGGAUUUGGGAAUCUUUAUAACAGACUACAAAGCAGAUAUCAUUCCAGCCUUUCAGAAAGCAGGGUUACCACUGAAGCACAAGUUUGGCAAGGUAGAAGAUAGCUUGGAGCUUUCUUUUCAGGGAGAUGAUGUGAAACUUGAUAUUUUUUUCUUCUAUGAAGAGGAUGACCACAUAUGGAAUGGAGGAACUCAGGCUAAAUCUGGCAAGAAAUUUAAGUAUCUCUUCCCAAAGUUCACUCUGUGUUGGACUGAGUUUGUAGAACUCAGGGUACACGUGCCCUGCGAAACCCUUCAGUACGUUGAAGCCAACUACGGCCCAGACUGGAAGGUUCCUGUGAAGAUGUGGGACUGGAAGAGCUCACCAUCCAACGUGCAGGACAAUGGUGUCUGGCCCGUCGAUGAAUGGGAUGACGUCAUUCAAAUCUACUGA